AUGAGUAAAGAAGAGGUCGUUGUUCCAAGGAGAAGCAAGUUUGGUGGUGCCAAAAAGGCUGGUUCUAGUUCAGCUUCAGAACCAUCAUCUUCCGUUGUUCGUGCACGUAAAUCAAAAGUGGUAUCGAGAUUGAUGAACCAGAUUCCGGACGAAAUCUUAAACAAUGAACAGCUUAAUGAUGCAAUAAAACUUUUGCCAUCUAACUAUAAUUUUGAAAUACACAAAACUGUAUUCAAUAUCAAAAAGAUCAAUGCUAAAAGGGUGUGCCUACAAAUGCCUGAAGGUUUACUAAUCUACGCACCCAUAAUAGCUGAUAUAUUGGCUGAGUUUUGUGACUGUGAGACUCUAAUAAUGGGGGAUGUUAGUUAUGGUGCAUGUUGUAUUGAUGAUUAUACUGCAAGGGCGUUAGACUGUGAUUUCAUUGUUCAUUAUGCACAUUCUUGUCUUGUUCCUAUUGAUGUCACACUUAUCAAGGUUUUAUAUGUAUUUGUUACUAUUGCAAUUGAUGAAACACAUUUACUAAAUACUAUCAGAUUGAACUUUGAACAUGGGGCUAGGAUUGCACUUUUUGGAACGAUCCAGUUUAACCCAUCCUUACAUAGUGUUCGUGCUAAGUUAUCUGAUGCUUCCGACAGUGAGAAAUUGAUAUACUGUUAUACGCCACAAAUAAAACCGCUAUCGAAGGGUGAAGUUUUAGGAUGUACUAGUGCAAGACUUGAUCACGAGCAGUUUGAUGCCAUGGUUUAUAUUGGUGAUGGGAGGUUCCAUUUGGAAUCAGCAAUGAUUCACAAUCCCAAAAUACCAGCAUUUAGGUAUGACCCAUACUCCAGAAAAUUUACGAGAGAGGGCUAUGACAAGAAACAAAUGGUUGAAAUUCGUAGAGAUGCUAUUGAGGUUUCACGGAAUGCCAAAAAGUUUGGUCUCAUACUAGGUGCCUUAGGUAGACAAGGUAAUCCAGCUACCAUCUCUCGAUUGGAGGAAAAACUUAAGGAAAACGGCAAAUCUGUGGUAAAGAUUAUUCUAAGUGAGAUCUUCCCUCAAAAGGUUGCAAUGUUUGAUGAUGUGGAUGCCUUUGUUCAAGUUGCUUGCCCGAGGUUAAGUAUAGACUGGGGGUAUGCAUUUAGUAAACCAUUAUUGACCCCAUAUGAAGCAAUGGUUUUAAUGGGUGAAGAUAAAGAAUUUACUGAGGAAUUUUAUCCAAUGGACUAUUACGAAAGUAAAGGUUAUGGUAGAGGUGAAAAGCCACUGCGUACUUAA